AUGGCCAGCCAACGCAACAAGGACGCGUUGCAGAAGCUGGUUCAACGUCCCGGCAACAACGUGUGUGCAGACUGCAGAAAGCCAAGUCCAGAAUGGGCUGCCCUUCCGUGGGGCAUCUUUCUCUGUGUGGAAUGCUGCAGUAGCCACAGGUCGAUCGGCACGUCGUUUUCCAAAACGAAGAGCAUUCUUUUGGACAAUUGGACGGACGACGAAGUUGCGAUAAUGAUGGAGAAGGGAAACCUAAAGGUGAACGACACGUUGGAGGCGAACUACCACGCCGCCUUCAAGAGACCGAAAAGUGAGAAAGAUGUGCGUGUUUUACGAGACCAGUGGGUUAUAGCCAAAUAUCAGAGAAAAGAGUUCUGUGCUGGAGCCGAGAAGCCGGCGUAUAUGUCAGGUCACAAGAGGGGCUUUCUUUACAAGAAAGCCAAAGAAAGAGUGGAAUGGAAGCCACGACUUUUUGAACUAUCAGAAAAGGGAAAUUACUUGAGAUACUUUGAGAAGGAGCAGGAUGCUGAGCCAUGUGGGAGUCUGCCUUUGACAGAGCUCAAUGCUGUUCUUGUUGAUGACAUUGUCAGCCAUCCGAAUGGCAUGGUGUUGAUGUUCUAUAAGCCUAGAGAAGACUGUGUUCGCAAUAUAUAUGUUUAUGCAGAGAAAGGACCGGAUAUAGUUGAAUGGUUUCUGGCUAUUAGACAUUCAAGGGCAAACUUACUUGGACUCUACCAGGCCGGCUUGAAUGAGCAACAGCUUUCACUAAAGAUGUCUAGAGACUUUGUGAAGGCGGGUAUAUUAUGGAAGACUGGGCCUGACAUGAAGACAAAGAUGAACAAGAGAUGGUUUCUAUUAGAUCAGAAGACACUUUAUUACUACAAGCAACCGCUUGAUCCACUGCCACUGAAGAAAAAGGCCGUUACACUGGGUUCGGUCAGUGAGGGUUAUGGUGUGGAAGAGGGAUCAGGUGGAGCUAGACUGUCACAAAACUAUCCUCUUCUCUUGCGAACACCAUCCAGAACAUACCAGUUUGCAGCAGAGAAUGAUGAAGAGCAACGGUCAUGGGUAGAAGCAUUUCAGCGUGUUCUUCGGAUGCCGCCUGGGCAAGAUGAGACAGGAAGCAUAGCAAAUGGAAGGAAAUCUUCUACCACACCAGUUGGCGGGGGUACUGCUUCAGGUUUCAAGAAUACUUCAAGAAGUUUGUUUCGUUUUGGAAAAAAGAAAUCUUCAGCUUUCUGACAGUGAAGUCAUGAAAAUUCAGUAGUUUUGUAUCACAAGUGGAGAUAUUAAUUAAGCACAGCAUAUCAGUACUACUGUACCUAAAAGCAAGCAACUGGCUGGCUGACAGUUGGGUAUCUAUAGAAUCAAUAAAUUCUUGCGUAGUGGUCGUACUUUACCCAUGGUGAUUCUGUCUGUCAAUAAAUUGAACA